AUGCAGAAUAUAGCCAAAAUGAUAACAGAACAACUACGAAAUCCAAACGAGUUAGAUAUAAGCCUAAGAAUGGAGUUUGGGCCUUUUGAAACUAUUCAUAAAUGGAAAAGGAUGUCCGAGUGCUAUGAAUUUGUUGGGGCAAGGAGAAGUAAGCAUACUGCUGUUGCAUAUAAGGAUGCGAUAUAUGUGUUUGGAGGUGAUAAUGGCAAAUCUAUGUUAAACGAUCUGAUAAGAUUUGAUAUAAGAGAGAAAUCAUGGACAAAAACUGGUUGUAUGGGAGCACCACCUGCACCACGAUAUCACCAUUCAGCAGUGGUACAUCGGUCAUCAAUGUUUGUUUUCGGAGGAUACACUGGUGAUAUCCUAGCCAACUCAAAUCUCACAAAUAAGAAUGAUCUGUUUGAAUACAAAUUUCCAAGUGCACAAUGGGUUCAGUGGAAAUUCACUGGACAGGAACCUGUACCUCGGUCGGCCCAUGGAGCCGCAGUUUAUGAUGAUAAGCUUUGGAUAUUCGCUGGAUAUGAUGGAAAUGCUCGAUUGAAUGACAUGUGGACUUGUAAUUUAGUUGGUGAAAAUCACCAAUGGGAGCGCAUAGAACAGAAAGGUGAAUGCCCUCCGACGUGUUGCAAUUUCCCCGUUGCAGUAGCUCGCAACAAAAUGUUUGUUUUUAGUGGCCAGAGUGGGGCUAAGAUCACCAACGCCCUCUUUCAGUUCGACUUUGAAACUCAAACGUGGAGUCGUGUGUGCACUGAGCAUCUGCUCCGAAGCGCUGGUCCGGCCCCAGCGCGUAGAUAUGGCCACGUAAUGGUGCACCACGCGAGACAUUUAUACGUGUUCGGGGGCGCCGCUGAUAGCACCCUGCCUUCAGAUCUUCAUUGUUACGAUCUUGAUACCCAGAUGUGGUCCGUCUUACAAGUAGCGCCUGAUUCACAAGUCCCGUCGGGUCGCCUAUUCCACGCUGGGGCCGUGGUGGGAGACGCCAUGUACGUGUUUGGUGGGACCGUAGACAAUAAUGUCCGUAGCGGCGACCUCUAUCGUUUUCAGUUAUCAAACUACCCUCGCUGCACCUUACACGAUGACUUCGGUCGCAUACUGAAAUCGCAGCAAUUCUGUGACGUCACACUGCUUGUUGGCUCCGAAGAAACCUUAGUGCUAGCACACCAAGCGAUGUUGGCUGCCCGCUCGCAGUACUUACGUACUAAGAUAAAGGAAGCUCGCGAAGAACUUACAAAGCGCAUAGAGUCAGGCGAAGAAGAACAAACUGAACAAUUCUCUUUCAAGUCGCAACCGCAGCUCGUAGUUCGACUCCCGGAAGCUACACCAGAAGCCUUCCGCAUGAUUUUAAACUACAUCUACACGGACAAGAUUGAUCCCACUGAAAAAGACGAAGACCCAGCGUCACCAGCUACCAUGCUGCUAGUGAUGGAGGUCCUUCGUCUCGCCUUAAGGUUGAAGAUCCCGCGACUUCGCGGUCUGUGCGCGCGGUAUUUGCGUGCAAAUCUAUGCUAUGGGAAUGUGUUACAGGCCCUUCACGCGGCACAUCAAGCCAACCUGGCCUGUAUUAAGGAAUAUUGUUUAAGAUUCGUAGUAAAGGAUUACAACUUCACUCCGAUCGUUAUGUCGAUGGAGUUCGAGCAAAUGGAGCAGCAAUUGAUGGUUGAGGUGAUCCGCCGAAGGCAACAGCCGCCGCCUAAGCAGCCCACGGCGGCUCAAUAUGAUUCUGAAGAGGAAAUUAUAGGUACGAACUUGGAACAGGACAUGUGCGUAUUUAUGAGCAGCGGCGGCGCAGAAUUGGCGGAUGUGCGACUGCGCGUGGGUGGUUCUCUUCGACCGGCCCAUCGCUCCAUACUCGCAGCGAGAGCGGCGUACUUCGAAGCCAUGUUCAGGUCUUUCUCUCCACAGGAUAAUAUCGUUAAUAUUCAAAUAUGCGAUACAGUGCCGUCGGAAGAGGCGUUUGAAUCAUUACUUCGCUACAUCUACUAUGGAGACAGCAAUAUGCCAACUGAGGACUCCCUGUAUUUGUUUCAAGCGCCAAUUUACUACGGAUUCACCAACAACCGCCUCCAAGUGUUCUGUAAGCACAAUCUACAAAGCAAUGUGACCCCUGAGAAUGUUGUGGCGAUUCUUCAAGCAGCUGACAGAAUGCGAGCAGCCGACAUCAAAGAGUAUGCACUCAAAAUGAUUGUGCAUCACUUUGUUCAGGUAGCCCACCAAGAUUCAAUCAGAACUCUAGCGCAGCCACUCCUAGUAGAUAUUAUAUGUGCAUUAGCAGAGGAGCCUAGACAGGACACACCACUUCCACUACAGCCGAGGUCACUGCCUUCAUCCUCUUCAGCAGACACCCUUGCAGACGAUGACUACUUUAGACACCGGAGUAACAGGUCUUAA